AUGGCUUCGCGCAGAUAAGAUUGGACAUUUUUUUUUUCACAAGUUUUGGCCCAUCAACACCAGAAUUCUUGUUUUGCUGGCGUGCUUCCUACACUUGAUUCUAUACUACCUUGCACAUGGUACAUAUCUUGAUGGAUAUCCCUAAAUUCGGUACUCAAUCUGUGAAAUUUUCUAUCAAUAUGACAUUUUCGACUAUCUUUCACCCGCUGACUAUAUCCAAUGCAUUCUAUAUCUUCGUCGUAGUACUGCCAUCUUUUGACUCUGGUAGUAUUCAACAUUACUUCAAUAUGUCAGCUUCUGCACAUCACUGGAUAAAGGCACGGAUUCAUCAUUCUAGUAUCGUAUACACAAAACCGUGUCCCCAAGACUCACGCCCUUAGAUAACCCUAGCACCAAAAGCAAAACAAAGUACCCUAUGUAUACAACAACAAACACCACCGUUACGCCCAGAAAGCAGUUUUGCAUGCAAAAAGU